AUGGGCUAUAUGAAAGACCACACGGCCGACACGCAACACGCCUAUGGAGGGACGACAUCGUUUCCCGAUAACCCAGUCUACACAUUAGCUGAGGGACAACCAGUAGAGGAUCCAACAACUGUCCUGCAAAUCCGCAGCAAGUUUGGAAAUGGAGGGCUAGGCUUGUUGACAGACACUCAACUGAUUGAGUCUCUGACACAUUUCCCACGCGAGAGGAUACCAGAAAGAGCUGUCCACGCAAAGGCAGCUGGCGCAUGGGGCUACUAUGAAGUGACCGAGGACAUCUCAGACAUCACCUCAGCCAAGUUUCUGACAGGCCUAGGCGAGAAGACAGACCUGCUCGCCCGAAUCUCAACAGUAGGAGGCGAGAAGGGAUCAGCCGACACGGUGCGCGAUGUCAGGGGGUUUGCAGUCAAGAUCUUCACGGAGGAGGGCAACCAGGACUUUGUGUUCAACGACCUACCCGUUUUCUUCCUCAGAGACCCGAUCAAGUUCCCCAGCAUGAACCGGUCGCACAAGCGACACCCGCAGACCAAUAUCCCGGACCCAAACAUGUUCUGGGACUACCACAAUAACAACCAGGAGGGCAUUCACGCACUGAUGCAGCUGUUCGGCAAGCGCGGUAUCCCGGAGUCGGUGCGAAACAUCAACGCCUUCGGCGUCCACACAUACAAGCUCGGCAAGCCAGACGGCAGCUUCAAGUACGUCAAGUGGCACUUCAAGCCCGAAGCAGGCAUCAAGACGAUGCCAUCCGACAAGGCGAGCCAGCUGGCCGGCUCAGACCCAGACUACCACGUGCGAGACCUGUUCGAUGCCAUCAAGCGCGGCGACUUCCCCUCGUGGAACGUAUACCUACAGAUCAUGGACCCCAAGGACGCAGAGACAUACAACAUCCCCAUCUUCGACCCGACCUACACCUGGCCGCACGCGGACUACCCGCUCAAGAAGAUCGGCCGCAUCGUCCUCAACCGCAACCCGGACAACUACUUCCAGGACGUCGAGCAGGCGGCCUUCUCGCCCUCGGCCAUGGUCCCGGGGGUCGCGCCCUCGGCCGACAUCGUCCUGCAGGCCCGCAUGUUCAGCUACCCGGACGCGGCGCGCUACCGCGUCGGGCCCAACUACCAGCAGCUGCCGUGCAACCGCGCGCGGAGCCACGUCUACGCGCCGUACAGCCGCGACGGGCCCAUGAGCUUCAACGGCAACUACGGCGCCGACCCUAACUACGUCCGCUCCAGCUUCCAGAGGAUCGCGCGGGCGCCCAACCCGGAGAUCUACGACCACGACAUGUGGGCUGGCCGUGCUGUCGCGUACACGUCGGCUAAGGAGGUCGGCGAUGAGGACUUUGUGCAGUCGCGCGAGCUGUGGGAGAUGAUGAAGGAGGAGGAGGGCGGCCAGGAGGCGUUCCUGGCGAACCUGCUACCGCACCUGGGCAAGGCUCUGCCUGAGGUGCAGGAGGAGUCUAUAGAAAUGUUCGCUCGCGUAUCUGAGGACCUCGGCAAGCUGAUCAGAGAUGGCCUGGCGAAGCGGGAGUAG